AUAUACUGAUGCAGAUUUGUUUGUAAUUAUAGUGUCAGAAAGUGACUUUGUUAAAACUAGUUAAUCUACAAAAUGGCAACAAGUUCUCAGUCUUCAGUUGAGCCCAGUUCUAAUGAAGUGAAGGACUAUAUUUGUAAUGCCUGUGAAGACCAGAAUACUGUUGGGACCAGUGCUGAUUUCUAUUGUAAACAGUGUGAACGAUUUUAUUGUGGAAACUGUAUUCAUCUGCAUGGUAAAUUGUUUGCAAAACAUAAUUCUAUUGGAAGGGUUGAUAUAGAUAAAUGGCCAGUUUCAAAAAAGGUGGUGGAUUUUCUACAAACUUGUGAUGUUCAUAAGGAACAUAAAAUUGACCAAUUCUGCAACCUGCACAAACAUCUGUGCUGCCCUCAGUGUGUAUCUGAUCAACACAGCAAGUGCAGUAAAAUGACCCCGAUUUCGGAGCUGACCAACUCCCAGCCCACAGACCUACAGGGACUGUCAGAGGAGCUGGAAACUGUCAUGGGGGGAAUCAAAAGCCUACAGAUAAAUCAGGAGGCCAGUGUUCAGUCAUUGCAGAGAACAUACAAGGAACAUGGGGCAGUCAUGAUAGAACAAUUGCAUGGCAAUUUAAAUACUAAUAUAGAUAAGUGUUGUAAUAGUUCUGUGGGUACAUCAAACAAAAAUUUAAAAGAAGAAAUGUGUUGGAGUGUUCUUUCUAUCUUGAAUGAAUUUGAUAAUAUUACUGUGAAGGAACUAAAUAAGAUGAAAGAUGAAGUUAUAAGCAUAAAAGGGUCAAUUACAAGUUCUAUUCAUAAAUGCACCAGUCUUCACAAUGACUUGUUGCAAUUACUUGAAAUCGUUCAGAAAAUUGGAGAUAAUAAGGAGCUCUGCCUUAUAGCCAGCAUAAAAUGUAAGCAUAUAAUACAGCAGGCAUUGACUCUGCUUGGAAAGUCAGGCAAGGUGUUUAAGGUCCAGGGGAAGUCUAGGUACAAUGUGAGAAUACCAAGUGAUUCAGUUACAUGUGAUAUCUCAGGCAUAUGUGUUCUUCCAGAUGGACAGGUCCUGGUUGUAGACUGGACAAAUAAGAAUGUCAAGGUGCUGAACCAGCAGUACCAGGUGGUGAGUCACUUGGAUGUGAAUGCUUGGCCAUUUGACAUUUGUAUGAUCGCACCGAGUGAGGUUGCUGUGACUGUGAAUGCUAGCAACAUACAUGAGGUCCAGUUUAUUACUGUCAACCAGGGAAAGCUUGUUCCUGGCAGGAAGUUUCAGUUACAACAUGAAUGUAGAAGUAUUGCCCAUCAAAAUGGAGACCUUUUUGUCAUUUCUGGUAAAGAACUGUACAAAUACACGCUGAAUGGCAAACUGAUCUGCAGACUCUAUGAAGCUUUGGGUUAUAAUACAGAUGGGACCAGAACACGCUUCUCACCCUGGCCAGGGAAGGCACACUCCUGGCUACAUACUCAGACCCAGCACUACGUGGCCCAUAUGGUCUACAUGUGA